AUGGCAAAAAACUUUACAUUGAGGAAUACAUGGCCCUCUGUUGUUCCUGAAAUGUUAAAGUCGUACAAACAGAGAAAAGAUGAAUUGAAUGUUGAAGAUGAUAUAUUAUUGUGGUUUGGAAGAAUCGUAGUUCCAGAAUGCAUGAGAACUGAUGUACUGAAGAUAUUGCAUGCAGGACAUCCUGGUAUUGCAUCAAUGAGGUCUGUUGCGCGACACUAUGUGUGGUGGCCCAACAUGGAUAAAGAUAUCGAAGUUUAUAUCAAGAAGUGUACAUCUUGUCAAGAGAAUAGAGAUAAUGUGGAAGAAGUACCAUUAUAUCCUUGGAAUGUACCUGAUAGAGUUUGGGAAAGGGUACACAUUGAUCUGGCAGGGCCAGUCAACGUAUCUAUGUGGUUGGUAGGUAUUGAUGCGUUGUCUAAGUGGGCAGAAGUGGACUGUCUUAAGACAACAAACUCUUAUACAAUCAUUCAACGAUUAAGAUCUUGGUUUAGUCGAUAUGGAUUACCAAGUGAAAUUGUGACAGACAACGGACCUCAAUUUGUGUCAAAGGAAAUUGAAACAUUCUUCCAGAAAAAUUCUAUCAACCACAUAAAAACAACUCUGUACCAUCCUAAAAGUAAUGGACUUGUUGAAAGACUAAUUCGUACAUUGAAAAGACGGUACUACACAACAAAGCAGGAGGUCGGAGAUGGAAUGCUAGCUCUUUAA